GAAUAUGUGACUACUUUCUUAUUUGAUUUAUCUUUGUUUUCCUUUUUGUUUUAUGUUUUUUUAUCAUGUUGUGUGAACGGUUCUAUUGCUAGCUUAUCAAACAUCAAGCCAGAUUUUUCGUAUACAAUUUUAAUAUUAUUGCUCCUUCAUGCUGGAAGGAAAUCAGUGCUUUUGGGUUGGGCUUUAGCAAUCAAUCACAUUGAUGCUCUACAACGAAAGCCUUUGAACUUGCAUUGCCUGUGACAGCGAGACACAGCACAAAUGUUAGGAACAUAUUCACGCAUAAGGUAUGUGCUUGAGCACCUCUGUUCCAUGUUGGAACUGACACAAGUCCAAGCCAUUAUCACCAAAGCAGGCUUUCAAACCCAUACUCCUUUCAUUGAUAGGUUAAUAUUCUUCUCCGCACUUUCUCCUACGGGAGACCUCUCCCAUGCUCAUUCCCUCUUCCUACAAACUUCUAUGAACAACUCCUUCCUUUGCAACACUAUGAUUCGAGCCUUUGCCAAGUCUUCCUUCCCUCUUCAAGCUCUAUACAUAUACAGCCACAUGCAGACCUCAGAUGUUGUAUCUGACCAUUUCACCUACAACUUUGUGCUCAAGGCUUGCUCUAGAGCAUACAAGUUUGUCCAAGAAUUUGGUGAGUGCGAUGAGAUCACUAUUGUUUCCAAAGGGGGUGAAGUUCACUGUACUGUUAUCAAACUGGGGUUUGAUCAAGACCCCUCAAUUCAGAACUCUUUGCUCUAUAUGUACUCUCAAUGUGGAUUGGUCCAUGUUGCCCAACACUUGUUUGAUGAAAUCAGUAACAGAAGUUUGGUUUCUUGGAAUAUCAUGAUAUCGGCAUACCAUCGUGUCAACAAUUCUAAGUCAGCUGAUUACCUUCUUGAAUCAAUGCCACUCAAGAAUGUUGUUUCAUGGAACACUGUCAUUGGAAGGUACAUCAGGUCAGGUGAUAUUGAGGGUGCAAGAAGGGUGUUCCAAGUUAUGCCCGAGAGGGAUGUUGUGUCCUGGAAUUCUAUGAUUGCUGGUUUUGUGUCCGUUAAGGAUUAUGCAGGAGCAUUGACACUGUUUUCUGAGAUGCAAAACGCUAAAAUAAGACCCACCGAAGUGACGUUUAUUUCAGUUCUGGGUGCCUGUGCCGAAACUGGUGCACUAGAAAUGGGAAGCAAAAUACACGAGUCUCUCAAAGCGUCUGAGCAUAAGAUUGAAGGGUAUUUGGGAAACGCCCUUCUGAAUAUGUAUUCUAAAUGUGGAAAUUUGAGUUCAGCUUGGGAGGUAUUUAGAGGGAUGGGGAUAAAAACUACGAGUUGUUGGAAUGCUAUGAUUGUUGGUUUGGCUGUCCACGGUUACUGUGAGGAAGCUCUGACGUUGUUUUCAGAGAUGGAAUGCGGGCUUGGUACUGUUAGGCCGAAUCGAGUAACAUUUAUUGGUGUUUUGAUUGCUUGUAGUCAUAAGGGUUGGGUAGAUAAAGCAAGAUGGUAUUUUGAUCAUAUGGUGAAGUAUAAAAUUGUGCCCGAAAUCAAGCAUUAUGGUUGCAUGAUUGAUCUUUUUAGUAGAUUUGGUUUGCUGGAAGAGGCACAUCAGAUGAUCAGGACUUCUCCUUUCCAAAAUAGAUCCAUUUUAUGGAGAACGUUGCUGGGUGCUUGUAGGACACAAGGGAACAUGGAGCUGGCUAAGGUGUCAUUCCUACAACUUGCCAAAUUGAAAAGUCUAUCAGACGGAGAUUAUGUGUUGUUAUCUAACAUUUAUGCUGAAGCUGAGAGAUGGGAUGAGGUUGAGCGAUUAAGGAGUGAAAUGAUUGACUUGCAUGUCUCUAAGCAAGUUGGACACAGCCAAAUUGAUAUGACUGAAUGUGAUAAGCUUUCCUAAAUAAACUAUUUAACCCCUUUUUUAUACUGGAUAUUUCUUAGCUUUCUCGUAGUUAUAAUAUUUUUUUAAUAGAAUUGUAGUGCUAAAGCAUCAUAGUGUUAAUUGACAUCUUAACUAUGUUGAUGCCACAAUUAGCAAAAAUCAUCUGCUGCUGCCCAAUCUAUAAAAUAAAGGAGAAAAAAAAUGGGAGACUAAACCAAAACCAACUAGAAAGACUUAUAACAAGGAAGUUGAAGUCUAUUUCUGAAAAAAUAAUAAUUUAAAAAGAAGGUACGUUAUCUCAACAUGUACGGCACUGCAAACUAAUUCCAAAAUUUGUUAGAUGAUGAUAUUUAUAGGUUAUUAUUAUUCAAUUGGUAUAUUUUGGGUUAUAAAAGUGUAUUUCUCUUUACAAAGAGGAAGGAAUGAAAAAGAUCAAUAUUUAUCUUUUAGCUUCUUCAUAGCUUUAAUGGCAGUUUGAGAUAUUUUAGAGCAGUGUAGCUUUUAGCUUCCUAACAAAACCCAUGUGGAUUUUGGCGUUCAGUGAUAUCAUAUUAUCCUUUAUUGUUCUGGAUAAAUAAGAAAGAAUAUCCUGAACACCAUUUGAAGUUGUGUACUUAGAAUAAUUGGUACUCUUCAAAUAACCUGUGUGUUUGUAGUAAUUAUUUUUCAUGAUAUAAUUCAAGAAAUGGUGAGACUGAGAAACUAUUCUUUCGAUUCAAUUUGGAGGAAAAGUUGAUGUGUUGUUGCAUUAUGCUGGUGUUUUUUUUAAAAUAAUUUGUAGCCAGAUUUAUUUGGUAAUAAAGGAUAUUCAUUUUACUAUGUCUAGGUCAAACAGAAUAUGUAUUGUUGGAUUUGAAUACAUGUAUUUAAAGAACUAGUGUGUUCCCUCAAUUAU